AAGUGCUUCUGCACAAAUCGGACUCUCCAACUAUACCUACUCAAGAUGUAAAUUUUCCCUUUCGAAUCGAUAUAGGUGCUGGGGCUGGCCCUGUUUCCGCGUCUUACCGGCACGUCACUGAAUUUCAUAGUUACUAUGUCCGAGAGGUCAUUAGAACUAUUAUGUAAGUAACUGACCGACUCGUGACAGCUUUUUAACCUCACUUUAGUACUAAUUCUAACCUAUAGCCACCCUUAAUUUAUAAUUUAUUUAUUUCAAAAAUGAAUUUAAUUAUAUAUCUUCUCGUAUUCUAUUUUAUCUCUAACGUAAAAUGUGAUGACGUCCUUGGCUGUGGUGGUUUUAUAAAAAGCCACGUACAAAUAGAUUUCUCCAAAGUUGAAAUACGAAUAUAUACUAAACAGGGAAUAUUGAAAGAUCAGACCAGUUGUGCUCCGAACAAUGGCUACUACUUCAUUCCCUUAUACGACAAAGGCGAUUACAUUUUAAAGUUGCAACCUCCUCCUGGUUGGAGUUUCAGUCCGACCGAAGUCGCCUUAGAGAUCGAUGGAUCAACGGACUUGUGCAGUCAGGGAAAGGACAUCAACUUCGUUUUCCAAGGAUUCGGUAUUACGGGCAAGGUGGAGAGCUUUCAGGGAAACGGCUAUGGGCCUGCCGGAAUAGAGGUCGAGUUGAAACAUGCCAAUCACGUUCGUAGGACCGUUACGACCGAUGGGGGAACCUUUUUUUUCACACCCGUAUUUCCGGGCCAAUAUUCGGUUACUGUUUCCCAUUCUAAGUGGAAGUUUGUGAAGAACUCGUUGGUUGUUAAAGUGACUGAAGGAAACACUGAAUUACCAUCUGGUAGCUUAAUCGUCGCUGGCUUUGGUGUUAGCGGUUUAAUUACAGCCGAGAGCUUUGUCAAUAAUGUUAAUUUGGUGUUGUUUAGAGAUACAGAGAGCACAGUUUUUGUUGAUAAUUGCAAUAAGAAACGUGUUCCCGAUAUUCGACAGAGCGGCCAAUUAUGUCAUGUACUUCCCACCAAGGACGGUGCAUUUUAUUUUCCUGUGGUAUCUCCCGGUAAAUACUUUAUUAUGCCCCAUUCCAUAGGCAGAAAUGUUCAUUUUGAACCAAAUGUUAUUCAAUUUGAGGUUCGCCACGAGGAUAUUGUUUUGCCUCAAAAAUUUGAGAUUGCAGGUUAUAGCAUAUCUGGGCGUGUAUUGUCUGCGAAAAACGGAAAACCACUAAAGGGGGCUACGGUUUUCUUAAAUGGAAAUCAAGUACUUGUAACUGGAGAUGAUGGAGUGUACAAUUUGGACAAAAUUAAUGCCAAUUUGUAUACAAUUAAGGUCGUAGCAGAUCAAGUGCAAUUUCGAGAACAAACAAUCAAAAUUGACGGCAGCGUGGCAAUCCUCCCAGAUUUCUUUCCAUCAAAAUACGAAGUAUGCGGCAAUGUGUUAAGCGAUAAAUCCCAAAGCAUCACAGUCGAGUCGUCCCUUAACGCCGAGAUGUUCGUUACAAGCUCUGUUAUACCGGAGGGUAAAUUUUGUCUAUACCUCGGACCCGGCAAGUACAAAAUGCACGUCUCCGUGAGUGACGCGGAGAAAGCCCACGGAAUUCAGUUCUUCCCAAUAUAUCAAACGAUAGAAGUGAUCGACAGCCCGCUAUCGGGGGUCACGUUUUCCCAGUUGAAAGCUGUAGUCUCUGGUAAAGUAAAUUGCAUUAAGACUGAAGAUUGUCAAUCCUUGAAGGUUGUGUUAAGGCCAAGAAUUAAUGACGCUCCUUUUGAAGUGGAGGAUAUUUUUGCAGAUUUAAAUGGGAAUGUGUUCAAGUUUCAAAACAUUAGGCCCGGUAAUUAUGAGGUGUUCUUAACUCCAAAUAAGUUCUGUUGGAAGGAAGAGAAGUACUUGUUAACCGUUAAUACCGUUGAAGAAACAGCACCAACUUUUGUACAAACUGGUUAUUCCGUUAGCUUUGUCUCCCCUCAUGAUGCCGAAGUGAAAUAUAGGGUGCGUGAUCAAAAAGUGUCACAGGCAGUUCACCUAUCCAAAGGGACAACAAGGGUAUGUCUGGAAAAGCCGGGGCUCUAUGAAUUCAAAUUAGACAGCUGUCACACUUACGAAAAUGAUAUUAUUCCCUUUAGCACAGACGCUGAAGUUAACGAAGUGUAUCUGACCCCCAUUAAGCACGAGUUGGUGUUGACUGUGGCUGCGAAGGAAAACUACGGAGAUCUGUCGCUAAUUGUGAAUAUAGGCGGGGUUAAAACUCCCAUAGGACCACUGCCGUAUGUAAAUAAUCAGUAUGUUCUAACAUUGUCUUUAAAACCAGAGGAAACUGCGAUAUUGGUGCCACAAUCUGAUGUUUUGUACGUCAAUCCGCCGAUUUUAUCGAUAGUUGGGCAUAAUGAUUGUACCAACCUUGGAGUUCAAUUUAAAGCCAUUAAAGGGAAAGUCUUUCAAGGGAAAAUUAUUCCGCCGAUUCCCGGAGCUUUAAUUACAAUUGAGACUGAAAAUGCGGAAGUAUUGAUGGCUGUGACAGACGAAGAAGGAAAAUAUCGAUUUCCUCCACAAGACGAUUCAAAAAAUUAUAUCGUCUCGGCAAAGAAAGACACAUACAUUCUGGUAGGCCCGAAUGAAGACGGAGAUUUCAUCGCUCGUAAACUAGCCGAAGUUAUUGUCGAAGUCAUAGAUGAGAGUGACACUCCUCUACAAGGUGCUUUACUCUCAUUAUCUGGUGGCGAGAGCUAUAGAAGUAAUUUGCAAACUAACGAAGACGGAAAAAUUACUUUCGCUUCUCUCAGCCCCAGUGAAUAUUUUCUAAAGCCCAUGAUGAAGGAAUAUCAGUUUAGUCCGUCUUCAAAGAUAAUAGAUGUCAAAGAGGGAGCUACAGUUCAUGUAAAGUUAAGGGGCAAACGUGUAGCCUACAGCGCUUUUGGGCAGGUAACAACCUUAAAUGGUGAGCCAGAAGAGAGAAUAUCGGUUGUUGCUAACGGCAUAAACAAUUGUACUCAGUAUUCCGAAGAAGCUACCUCUGAACAGAAUGGAAACUUCCGAAUUCGAGGGCUACAACCGUAUUGUGCAUACGAUAUUAUAGUAAAAGAUUGUUUAGAUGAAAAACGUCCAAUCGAACGAGCAGCGCCCUCUUCUCUGCUUGGGAUGAUUGUUAACAAUGACUUACACAAUAUUAAGUUUACAAUAUUCCGCUCCACUCCGAACACCGACAUUAUGGUGCGCAUUUUCGCUGAAAACCCAGAAGUUUAUAAAAAUCUAAAAGUAAAAUUGACAAGGGAAUCGACACCUUCCACUGUUGUCCAUACUUCCAAAAUUGACAGCUCAAACUACAAGAUAGUCAAGGAAAACAACGUUGGCGUUCUCAUACAAAUUCCAUCGGUUCCAAUGGACAAGAAGCAAUAUUCUUUGUAUUUAGAAUCGGGACCCUUAUCAAGCAAAAUCAAAGCGAAUACUUAUUACUUUACCGCGAAUACUUCAUUUAAAUACAUCUACAUGGAGUACUUAACAAAAGCGAAUGCUGUCGAACAAAACAUUAAACAAACUUCCGUAUGGACACUACUGUUUAUUUUCGUUAUACUAAUUGCGAUGUAUAACAUCGACAUCACUUCUCAGUUUCUUAAAGAUCAAUGCGCCAAGUUCAAUUUCGCAAGUAUUAAUUGGUUUGUGAAUUAUUUUCGAAAACCCUCCACGAGCGAGUAUGUCUUGGACGCUAACGAAAUCGAUCAAAUAGUACAAAAUAUAAAUGCUACCAAGCGCAAGGUGAAGCAGCGAAGAACUUAAAAAUAGUGAAGGUUAGAAAAUUAGUAUUCUUUUUCUUUAGAUUAGCAUUCCAUUAUGGUAACAGGAUGUUAAAAUAAUUGAAACAUAACUCCUUUGUUAAUUUAUUAUUGUUAUUGUUUUAAUUCACUAUUGUAAAAAUUAAUAAAAAUGUUUCCUAAUUUUUUUA